UGAACAAUGGAAAGAGUCAGAGCACAUAUAAGAAGCAUCCAAACAGAGGCUGACAUUCAGAUACGGGUUUUACUGGAUAAGAUUGCCAAAAUGGAAGUUGAUAUUAGAGAUGGGGAGAGUGUCAAGAAGGACCUGCACCUGGCACACAUGGAGGCACAAAGCUUGGUGACAGCUAGACAAGAUCUGACUGUCCAAAUUCAACAGGCCACCAAGGAAUUGGACAAGGCUCAUGCUGAUCUUAAAAAACUACCAGAAAUGCAUGCAGAACUUGAUAGUCUCAGACAAGAACAUCAGAGGUUACGCACUACUUUCGAGUAUGAGAAAGGUUUGAAUAUGGAGAAAGUGGAGCAAAUGCAAGCUAUGGAGAAAAACAUGAUGGGUAUGGCAAGAGAAGUGGAAAAGUUGCGUGCUGAGGUGUUGAAUGCUGAGAAGAGAGCACGUGCACCAAACCCUUAUGGUGGUCCCUACAUGCAUCCAGAUCCUAUAUAUCCACCUCCUGUGCACGGUGGUGGUGCCUAUGUUGAUAGCUAUGGAAGACCUCAUGGUCAUAUGGGUGUUGGGGUGGCAGGAGAGGGAAUGAUUCCCUAUGCAGCUGGUCCUGGUGAUGCUGGCCGUGCACCUGUUCCUACUGCUGGUGGCCCUUCUGCGUGGGGAGGUGUGUAUGAUGCCCCGCAUCCUCGGAGGUGAAUGUUCAUAAGCUGCCAUUAGAGGUUGUCCAUAAACUUCCAUUCACCGAGCUUUGCUGGUUGUGUAAUAGGCAUAGUUUAGCCCGGUUAUGCUUCAUUAAAUCUAUAAUUAGAACCGUUUUCAAUAACAAUGAUUUUCCAUUGUGAAUUUUCAAUACUAUCACAUAUGGUUUAAUGUUUAUCAGCUACAGAAUGCUUAAAAUUUAUGGUUUGAAAAAGGAUAUGCUCUAAAUUUAUGUAGAAGGAUAAUUGUUGGAUUAA